UAUCAUAACUUUACACUAGAGAACAAUCCUCAUUUACAACAGUUGUUGGCCACAAUUUCUUGCCAUCUCCAGCUUUCACCAUGAAACCCUUUUUCCUCAUAUCCUUCUUGUACUUAACUUUUGGGGCAGUGUCAUCAAGUUCUCAACAAUAUGAGUCAAUUUUCAACUUCGGUGACUCCCUUAGUGACACGGGAAAUUUCCUACUUUCCGGCGCCCUGGCAUUUCCAGUCAUAGGAAAGCUCCCCUAUGGCGAAACCUUCUUUCGACACGCAACGGGGCGGAGCUCCGACGGACGCCUGGUGGUUGAUUUCAUUGCCGAGGCAUUUGGGCUGCCGUAUCUUCCUCCCUAUCUAGCAAUAACCGGCGGUAAAGAUUUCCGGCACGGAGUAAAUUUUGCUGUUGCCGGAGCCACCGCACUCGACUCACAAUUCUUCUAUGAACGAAGAAUCGGAAAACUCCUAUGGACAAAUGACUCUUUGAGCGUUCAGCUUGGUUGGUUUAAGAAGCUUAAGUCCUCCCUUUGCACAAGCAAACAAGAUUGUGAAAACUACUUCAAGAAAUCGCUCUUUCUCGUGGGAGAAAUCGGUGGGAAUGAUUAUAAUUAUGCUUUCUUUAUCGGUGGAAGCAUUAAACAACUUCAAGCCUCCGUACCUCUUGUUGUUGGAGCAAUUACUACUGCCGCCAGUGCAUUGAUAGAGGAAGGUGCGGUGGAGCUGAUGGUGCCGGGGAAUUUGCCGAUUGGGUGCUCGGCGGUGUACCUGACGUUGUUUGGAAGCCCAAACAAAGCAGACUAUGACCCGAAUGGGUGUUUGAAGGCAUUCAAUGCGUUCUCCAAGUUUCACAAUAAUCAGCUAAAACUGGCUCUUGAGGGACUUAGACAAAAGUACCCUCAUGCAAGAAUUAUUUACGCAGACUAUUAUGGUGCAGCCAACAGAUUCUUUCAUGCACCACGACAUUACGGUUUCUUCAGUGGGACUCUAACAGCUUGUUGUGGAGGGGGUGGACCAUACAAUUUCAACAAUUCUGCAAGGUGUGGUCAUCUUGGAUCCAAAGCAUGUAAAGAUCCAUCCGCUCAUGUAAACUGGGAUGGAAUUCACUUGACAGAAGCAGCUUACAGGCAUAUUGCCAAGGGUGUCAUCAGUGGCCCUUUUUCCACUCCAACCGUCACUUCCUCUUAAUACAUUCCCUCUCAGAUUUAUAGACUGGAAUUGAUUAUCUCAUAAUUCCCUCGCUAGAGGAAAAACAAAAAGCAAAAAGAAAAAAGAAAAAAUGGGGGGAAAAUAAUUUAUAUGGUCUUAAUCUGUUCCUUGAAUAAGGGUAAAUGGAGUACGUGUUUUAUAUUUUUUCCUAAGUUGCUUCUACUGUACUACUUGGUUCUACUUUGAGGCCAAUGUUAUUUCUUAUGUGUUAGGCUAUUGCUAAUUAAAUGGUUUAAUUUACAA